ACAGCUAUUUCCUAUAACAUGGAGCGUCCUCGUCCGUACUUGCCUCGCGACUGCCUCAUUCAGGUUUUUGCCUUUUUGAACGAGGAGGAUUUGUGUCGUGUCUCAAGUGUGUGUAAGGCCUGGCAUGAAGCUGCAGAGACACCAUGGUUAUGGAGGAGGAUGUGUCUUCAGCGCUGGUGUUUCUGUAACAUUACUGCAGCGGCUGGACGUGAACACGUGAGGCAGGAGUGGAAGAGGUACUUUUUGCGUCGGUCCCACCUAGAGAUGAAGAUGAUGAAAGGCCGGUCUGGUGGUGACUACACCUGUAAAAGCCUUAGAGGCCACACAGGCAGAGUGGUGGGGCUCGUGUACCUGCGGGGCAACACAGACCAGCUCCCCGACCUCUGGACCCGCAGUGCCACCAUAUGCAGUGCUUCUUCUGAUGGUACAAUUCGGGCGUGGGAUGUCCAGAAUGGUGAACAGCUGUGGUGCAGUCCUCCACAGAGUCCUUUGACAGGGAUCGUCUCUGACAGAGGACAUGGACUCGUGAUCACAGCAGACUCCACAGGCCUCAUCAAGGCCUGGCAGGAUCAGACCGGAGAAGAGUUGGCUUCCUACUCAGCUGCAUCUCCAAACUGCACAUUAAUACAAUAUAAUAUUGACAACAGCGGCUUUAUCUCUGUAGGAACCAGUCAAGGAUCCGUGUGUACGCUAGCUGCUCCAACUUUGACCAAAGUGUCCAGCUUAGUUGUGUGUGACGGUUUUCAAGUAAAUCUUCUCUUAGUUUCUCCUGACAAGAAAUGGAUCGUGGCUGGAACCAAACACAUCGAUAAUUUGAGUCCGAAGGUAAUCUGCACUCAGAGUUUGACCUCACCUUAUGAGGAGGAGGAGACUUUAUGCCAGUGCUUGCCAGUCUCCGGGUGCCAGGCUGCUGUCUUCAUACCCACCCAGCCUGCCAGAUUGGCCACCAUCCAGCGCGAGGGUCGCUCAAACAACAAAGCACUCACUGUGUUGGAUUUCAGCGUUAAAAAGACCAAGUACAAGUCAGAGGUCCAGGUCCAGACGGUGGAGUCCUUCACCAUGCCAGUGAACAGCAGCACUUCAGAUGUCAUGUUGGAGGCCAAGGACGGCAACACUUUAGUGGUGGCAGCUGACUGCCAGCUCUGCGUGUACUCUCUGAAAGGAGUCCUGCUUUCUAGCUUCAAAGACCAUACUGCACUUAUCUCCUCCAUAUGUGUGGAUAACUUUCGUGUGGUGACAGCAUCUCGAGACCUCUCUUUACGUGUGCUGACAUGGAGAAAUGACAGAGAUCAAGGACUGACCCUUGAGGGCCGCUACCACUUACUGGGUGGCUCUCACACAAUGUCGCGAGGGUUCACUCAUGUGGCCUGUGACUACUCCAGCAUCGUGGCCUCGGUAGAAGGCAAUGAUGGAAGGGACGUUCUGAAGGGUUACUUUUUCACUUCCUGAUUAUCACUGCCCUCUAAAGACAUCUUCUGAUACUACAGCUGUCAGCACCAUCCACUGGCAAACUUCCAUUUGUGUUAUGAUGAACUGCUCACCAGACAUACUAUGUAUGCAAUUUUGUGCUUUAGCAAUUUUUUGUUUUGUUUACAAAGAACAAAUUCAGUACCAGGCAUCACAUAUGGGAAACUAAAAGUUGCUAUGGUAAGAUAAAUAACUGAAAUAUGUAUGGAUAUAGUAAGUGUAAUCAAUUAUAUCUUUUUGGAGCUGA